UUCAAGUGUUAACAGUCAACUACCUAUUCUUUAUUUUUUUUUUCUCUACAAAACUAAAAAAAUUACAAUUUUACUGAUCUCUUCAAUGUGUCCUUAAAAGUAAUAAACGUCAACUCUAAUGCGAAUACAGUCUAUUGGUUAACCUUAUGAACAAUUUAGAAUUUAUAAUGAAUACAGGGAUGGACACAUCAAAUGAAGAAACACAGACAGUUUGUCCCAAUAGGUAUCUAUUAUUACCUUUGCUGUCUUAUUACGUUCUUAUUUUCUAACUAUUUUAUUAUUAAUAGUUCAAUAUAUGUAAUAUCAACUAGGUAUCGAUUUGUUUUUGUAUACUUAUAUAUCAAUGCUUAUUAGUUAUUAGUAAAUAUUAGACAUCAAAGAAUUAGUAAAUAAACAUAAAUAACAAAAUAUUUAUUUGUUUUAUUGACAUUUUGUUUAAUUAAUCAUUACAAAUUAUUCAACUGCAUAAAACCCAUCAUUUAAUAUACAUUUUAAAAUUUAUUAUUUUAUUAUUUAGGCAUUAAUAAAUUAUCAGUUUAGGAAAUUAUUUAAUAGUUUUCUAAAAAAAAGUUAUAAAUCUAUUUAUUCAAUAAGUUUAUUAAAAAUACAAUAUUAUUUCUAAAUAAUUUGUUUAUUCAUAAUUUUUAGAUAUCUAGGUCAAAAUAUCGGGACUGCAUUGACAUCUAAAUUUGUUGUGUUUAAACGAAAAAAAGAAUCUUACUCAAACGACAUGGAAUUGUAUGUAUUUAAGUUUAUUACCAAAAUUACCUUUAGCAUUUUAAAGUUUAAUUUACAUACCUAAUAACUCAUAAACCACAAUAAAAUACUCAAAUUAUUAUGUAGUUAUAUAAUUAUAAAUUAUAUUCAAUUUCAGAGAUACUAAUACUACUGAUAUAACACUUAUAGUAAAUAAUCAAAAAAUAAGUGUCCAUAAAAAUAUAUUGGCUUCAAAUAGUGACUAUUUUGACAGGAUGUUUACUAGUAGUUUUAAGGAACGCAACCAAGAUAAAAUUGAAAUCAAUAUUAUGGACGUUAGCUAUGAAACUUUAAGUACACUUAUUGGAUUUUUUUAUACUUCAUCACUAACCAUUACAGAACACAAUGUACAGGUAAUUACUAUUUUGCAAUUUAAAAUUGUUAUGUUUACCUAUCUACAUUUUAAAUUUAAUUAUGUUUUUAUUUAAUAAGGUUUUUUAACAUAAAUUGAUUUUUAUUUCAGGAUUUAUUAAUUGGUUCCAAUAUAUUUUUAUUGGAUGAUGUCCGAGAAGCUUGUGUAAAUUACUUAAAAAGCAUGAUUGAUAUUGAAAAUUGCAUCAAUAUGAAAGAUUUUGCCAAUACACUAGGUUUAAAUGAUCUCUAUGCAUUAUGCUUGAUGUAUAUAGUUAAUAAUUUCAGGUAAUGUUUACAUUUGAGUAUCUUAUUUACUUAAAAAAUUGUCAAUUGGCUAUAAUAAAAUAAAUAAAUAAAUAUUUAAAUUAUAGAAUAUAAUUAUAUUGAAAAUAUUAGCACUUUAACUAAUAUGGUACCAAUUUCGAUUACCGUUCCAUCUGCCUAAUUUGUAACACUAUUUUCUGGAGGAGAACAUUCCCUACAAAAGAAAUUUAGUGUCCAGUCUUUGACUACCGUUUGACAGGCACAGGUUUGGUUGGAAUGUCCUGGGGUAUUCAUUUGCUCUGUUUGAAAGUCUAUGAUGGCAACAAAAUCCGAUUGCUAUUAAAAAUUGUUAGUACUUUUCAGUAUUAUAAUAAUCAAUUUUACUCCAAACAUAAAUUUAUGCAUAGCAUGAGAAAUUGAGUUGUUUGAUUGAAUUGUUUAGUUUCAAUGUUAUUUAGUCCAAUUUCAAUUCUUCAAAAAUUUUUAUAUUAGAAAUGCAUUUUUAAUUCUCAUUCUAUACACUGUACUUAUUUAUAUUGUGAUUGAUGAUGAUUCAAUAAAUAAAAUAAUAAUUAAUAGAUGUCUGAUAUUUUUUAUUUUAUUUAUUGAGAUAUUGUGGGUGUAUUUUCAAACUCAGAGUCAGGUAGUAGUUGAAAGAUUGAACUUGAUAAUUUUAUAAGUAUGUUUAUUUUAAUUGAAAAAUAUUGAAACAUUUUUUUUUAAUUAAUUUAGAAUAUUGUCUAACACAAAGGUGUUUGUAAAUGAUAGUAGUAAGACUCGUCUCAAAAGAUCUUCUCAGUAGCCGGUAUAUAUACCCUGGACCUCCAAGCUAGAUAUUCUUAGUCCAUGCUUUUCGACAAUAACAUGUUGUUGCGUAAUUAGAUGAUUAUCUUGCCCAUGCAUCCAGAUCUCUGUAGAAUACGCGCAUAAGUAUUUCCAUCAGGCCUAAUUCAUGUGUUAAUUACAUUAAUAAACAAUUCUCAUUAUAGUCAUUUGUAUUACUGUGUGGUUUCUUUGUACUUUAUUCGAGGGUUAUUCUACAAUACCUGAGACUUGUCUCGGUGUUAGGAAGAUUUAUGGAUUCGGCCUGGUUGGUGAAAUGUAAAUUUGGCAUGUAAGAUAAUUAUACCUGUCUAAUUUGACCCGUGGUAUAAAUCAACUAGGCAUUACUGUACUACAGGCCUAUACCCUAUGCUAUGUAAUAUUUAAUAUAUUAAAUAUUAUAUGAUCGGAAAGCGAGCUAACGCCCGUAACAGAGGCUUUUGAAAUCAUGAUAUAAGCAUGUAUAGUUUUAAUCUGAUAACUUGUUAAAUCUGUGUUUUUUAUUGACAAAUAAUAAGUUAUAAUACUGAAAAAGUUAUUUGUUUGUAUUUAUUGAAUAUUAUAAAGUAUACAAAGAUUUGGCACAUUGUGGUUACCACCAAUAAAACUAUAAUUCGAUAAACUGAUUUAUUUAUUUAAGUUUUAUAUGUAGAUAUAUUUACUUGAGUUAUUUAGAUAAUAAUGUUAACAUAAUUGAUUAUUUUUAGACUCAUAGCUAAUACUCAAGAGUUUUUGACAAUUACUUAUGAAGAAAUAAUGUUAUUAAUCAAGAAUGAUGAUUUAUUUGCAAAAGAAGAAAUGGUAUAGUUUUUGUAAUUAAUCAUUAUAAAUAUAAUACUUUUAUUUUAUUUUAUUUAUUAAAUGAUGGACUGAAACCAAAUUUACAAAAAUUUCAAAAUAAAAUACAUUAUGAUACAUAGUUAAGUGCAAUUAAAUGAAGAACAAAAAAAAAAAAAACGUUCAGUAUUAGCUUAAAAUUUAAAUCAAUAAUAGUAUCACAAAUAAAUAAACUGCAAAUGUAUAGUUUAAUACAAUAUAGAAAUAAAGUAAAUAAAUAUAUAAAUAAAAAAUAUGUAUAAAGAAAUAAAAUGUAUUAAUUAAUGAAUGCGUCACCUGGACUAUUAUAAGUUUAUAAUAAGACUGGUUUCAAAUUAAAAAUUCAUAAUCAAGUAUAUCACAGUCAAAAUCUAAAACGAGAUUGAAUAUAAAAAUUUAACUUUAGGAAUAAAUAGAAAAAAAUAAUUAUACAGAUUGGUUGUUUUACAUAGAAUAUAGAAAUAAUUUAUUUCAAUAGGACAGAUUAUUUAAAAUUAGUUAUUAUUACACAUAGAUGAGUUAAGAAAUAUAAAUUAUGUGGUUAUUAUUGAUUAUCUAAAAUGUAUUGAUAUAAGAUAUUAUUUUUAAAAUAUUAUUAAAAUUAUUUUUCUUUAUUUCAUUGUGUAUGUGUAAUUCAUCUGAAACUUAUAUUAUGAUUAUUUUCUAAUACAUAUUUAGUUAAAUUUAAAUUAGGAAUAGUCUUUUUUAAUUUUAUUUCAGAAAUGUGUUCUUUAUAUCUUAUUUUAAAAUUUCUAUUUGUCUUACCUAUAUAAAAUUCAUUACAGUUACAUUUAAUUUUAUAUAUACUAGCAUUUUUAAAAAAAGGGAGAUUUUUUGUGAAGUUUUUAGUUUUAUUGUUUUUAUGUUUAAUUAAAUUAUUAUUAGUCUUAAAUUAAACAAUUUUUACAUUAUUUGUAUUAUUAUUCAGAAUUUUAAAAAAUUAUUUUAUUUAACCUGUUUAGGUAUAUGAUGUAGUCAUGAAAUGGAUAAAGCAUGAACCAGUUACGAGAUCUAAAUAUUCUACAGAAUUAUUAUGGUAUGUACGUUUACCAUUAGUUUUAAACACUUAUCAAGGAAUCAUCAAGGUUCAUGAGUUUCAAGGUGCUAGAAUAAAUGGUCUUAGUUCUUUUAGAAUGGAACAUCGAAAACCAUUUAGAAAGGUCUGUACUUUGUAGCUUUUAAAUAAUUAUUAAUUAUUUUUAAUAUAAAAUUUAAAAAAGUAGAAAAACACAAUUUAAUAUAGAGUAUUACAAAAUACUCCAAAAAUAUUUUAAGUCAUUUAGGACCUUUCAUCAAAGUAUAUUAAAAACUGUAUUUGUGUUUUGAACUAAGUUUAUGAUUGGUUAGUUCUCAAUUGGUCAGUGAUCUUAUAAAUUCUGUUUAAAAAUAUUCGUUAAUGAGAACUCCUUUAGUUAUAAUAAAAAAAUUUAUAUUUAUAUAAAUUCAUACAACUUAGAAUAAGGUUAAACAAAACUAUUUCAUUAACAUUUAUGUAUGUUUAAAAUUAUCUUUACUUUUAAUUUCAAUAAUAUAUAAAUAUUUGUUGAAUUUGUAUUAUAAAAUGUGAUAUUAGUUAUCUUGUAAGAUCAUUUUCAAAACUAGAAUAGUUCAAUAUGCAAAUAAUAUUCAUGUUUAAAGAAUAUAAUAAAUCCAUUAAUUUAUAUUAUAUUAUUUUAUUAUAAGUAUUACUAUUAUCAUUGUAGGGUAUAUUACUACUCAGUCAUUUCCCGAUGAAAUCAUCUCCAGAAUGGUAUGAUGCUGCCUUAGAUCAAUGGCAGACUUGCAUUUGUGAAAAUUGUCAGUGUAAAAACUUUCAAAUAGUUUUAUCACCACCUAGAAAUUUAUGUACAUGUUAUUUACUUAAUGAUGGCCGUUUAUUUGCUGUUGGUGGUUAUGAUUAUGGUAAAGGAAUGAGAUUAGCAAAUAUAUUCGACUCAAAGACAAAUGAAUGGUCUUGUUUAGCAGACAUGCAUUUUGAACGUGUCAAACCAUAUAUUGUGCAACUAGGAUUAAAAGUAUUCGUGGUAAAAUUUUUCAUAAAUUAUUAUUAAAAUAUAAAAUUAUAAUAAUUUUUAAAUUUGUGCUUUUUUUAUGAAUUUAAAUCAUUACAAAGGUUUUGUUUAGUUUUUUUUUUUUUUUACAUCAUUUUGACAACUUUUUAUUUUAACAUUAAAUAGAUGAAACUAUUAUAAUACUAAUUUUUUACUAUAUUUUAUUAUUUAGUAUUAUAUGGAUUAAUUGUAUAUUAUUUAUACAUUUAAUUUAUAAUGUUGAUAUCAUUACAUAAAAAUCAAAAAUGCUGUUAAGUGAAACCUUUAUCAUGAUAUUUAUAUUUAAUCAUUAUUAAAUUUCAAUGAACAAAGUUUUUUUAUUUUUAUUUUAAUUCUAUCAACAUAAAUUAUAAAUUUUUCUUAAUCUUUAUAAGUAAUACUGAAUUCGAGAAGUAUACUUAAAUUGUAUUUGUAAAUUAAAUUAAAAUGCAUAGAUUUCUUUUGACAAACUUACAUUUUUUUUUUUUGUCUUAUCACUAUCUUUAUUGUUAAACAACUAUAUGCAAAAGAUUCCUCUUUACCAAUUUCAUUAAUAUUUUUGUGUCAUUCAAUUUUAAAUAGUGCUUAUAUUUAUUUAGAUUGGUGGUUGUGCUGCUGAUAGACCAUCAUAUUUCAAUACUGUGGAAUACUUUGAUUUAAAAAAAAAGCGAUGGUUUGCUAUCAAAAACAAAGAAAAAGGGAUUUCUUCAUUAAGAAAUGAUACUUUUGUAACCUGUGUCAAUGGAUUAAUAUAUAUUGUAAGUUUUAUUUUUUUUGUAUAUUAGAUGUUUAUUUUAGAUUUUGAACAGAUUAAGGAUUGUACUGGUUUUACAAUAAUGUUUAUUUUUUUAUUUUAUUUUCUGUGAACAAGUUUUCUAUUAACAAUUUUGCUCUGAUUUUCACAUGCCACACUUUUUCUGCGGGGAAAUCUGACUAUGGUGGUAUUUUAGGGAAAUCAUUUUUUGAUUUACCCAGGGGUUUUCAUAAAAAAAAAAAAAAUGGGAAAAUUUACAAAAUGUAUUAUUUUCAAAUUGUAAAUAUUAUGGCUUUUCAAAACAUAUAUAACUAAUCUCCACUCAGAAUUGGUUUUUAUUAGCAAUGAUUGAUCGUUACAUACAGAUAUACAUUUAACCUUCCCAACAUUGAUCUACAACAGUGACCCACCCAUUGUGCAAAGUAUGUCCAUUUGUUUUUAUAUUUUAUUUUCAAAUACAACAAGUAUUUUAAAAUAAAUAAUAUACCAUUAUUUCAGUAUUAUUUAAAUUUUGUUUACAAAACAAGUGAAAUUUAAUUCCAAUAGAAACUUUAUCUAAUACAACUAUUUACUAAUCCCAAAACGUUUAAUAAAAAUUAAGAUAUCUGAAUAACUUAUUGUUUGGUCUUUCUUGAUUAGAGAACUUCAUAAAAAUUGUAUCUGGACAGUUGAAUUACUAUUUGAUUUAUUAAAUUUAGUAAACUCAAAUUUUAAUUUUAAAUUACAAUUUUUUAAAGUGACUAUCAAUAUUCUACAAUUUUGGUUGGCAAUUAGUAAAUAGCGGUUAUUGCAUGGUAACAAACUUCUGACUUAAAAAAUCCAUAAAAUGUUUUGUCUAUUCUUUCAAAAAACAUAAUUAAACUAUAAUAUUUAAACAAUAUUCUCUAUUUUUGUAUUUAUUAUCCAAUUUGUUUUAUAUUAAUAACCAUCUUAUUUAUCUUCAAACUGGUCCAAUAAAUUAUAAGUAUAUAAAUAUUCAUAAAAACAAUUGUUUAUGUUACCACUUAUAUUAUUAUUUUAUAACAAUAGUUUUCAAAAAUAAAGAUUAUUGUGACAAAAUAUUUAAGUAUGUUUGGAUGAAUCUACUUGUGUAAACAAGCCAUUUCUCAUGUGAAAAAAUUUCAGAUCGCAUUUUAUACUAGACAAUCUUCACCAUUUUCUGAAUGGUGAACAUAUGUAAUUUUUAUGUGGAAAUUGAAAUAAUUAUUGACAAUAUCCAACAAAAAAAAAAUCUCAUAAUUAUUAAUUUUUUUUUUUUACUUUGUAAUACUUACUAAAUACUAAAUUAUUCUACCUUUAAUAAAAAAAAUAUUUAAAAAUGUCUUAAUUAAAUAGCACUUUUAAAAAAAAUAAUAUAAUGGUUGUACAAUUGUACAUAUUGGUCUGAAAAAAAUAAUUUGAUCCAGUAGAGUUCAAAAAGAAGGCAACCCCUGUUCUAAAUUAGUAAAUGUUUUUAAAGUGAAAUCUAAUAAUUUAAGUAUUAUAAAUAAUUGAUUAAAAUAUGGUUACUAUAGGAGUUAAAUAUAGCUUUUAUUUUAUUUUAUUUGGAUAUGGUUAAAUGUCUACAGAUUUCAAUAUUUCUGAAAUUCUAAAUCAUAAUACAUUAAUUGUUAAUUUUAAUUUAUACUAUUAAUUUAGAUUGGACCACAUGGAUCGGGAUAUUACAAUCCUUCAAAUAAUACAUGGGAUUCCAUUGCCCAAAUUCCUAUGAUAAUGGAAGGUGCUGCUAUAUGCACAUUAAAUAACAGUAUUUAUGUUAUUGGUGGAAAUUGUAAAAACAAUUAUUUGAAAAGUGUAUGGGCAUAUUGUACAGAAACCAAAGUAUGGGUAUCCAUUGCUGAUAUGAACUAUCCUAGAUCAUAUUCUGGUAAAAUAAUAAUUAUAAAUAUACCUAUGAACUAAUUAUAAUUGUUAAUAUUUGUUAUAGGUGCUGUAGUAAUGAAUGGUUUUAUUUAUGUAUUUGGAGGAAACACUAAUGAAAGAUCCUAUUUAAAUACAUUUGAAAUAUAUAAUCCUCAUGAAAAUAAAUGGAUUCUUUCAAAUGCCUUAAUGAAUAAUGCUCGUAGUUAUAUUGAUGCAAUUGUUGUAGAAAAAGGUUGUAUCUUGUUUAAAAGAGUAUUUGAAGAUGCAACUAAUAAUAUUAUACAUUAAAAAGUAACAUUAGAUUUGAAAGUCUAGUUAAUACACACAGUCUGGAGGAAGACAAGUGGGUACCCUGGGGGUCAUUGAAUUUAUGAAAAAAAGCCAAGAAUAUAAUUAGGAUGGUAAUAAAGAAUAUAACUAACAAUACUACUACACAUUUGUUAAUUAAAAAUGAAAAAUGAAGUAAACAUAAAAAAUGUAUAUUAAAUAAUUAAAUAUGAAGCAGAAAAGUAGCCUGAUGUAUUAUUGGAUGUUUUAUUAACACUGGCUUUGAUUUUAAAAAUUACCACUAGAUACUUAAACAAUUAAUUAAAAAUAUAAAAACAAAAUGAGAUAUACAUAGAAAAUAUAAUAUUUUUUACAAAGACUAAAUUUAUUUUAAUAAAAGAGACUAUCAAAAUGUCAUGUAAAGUGAUGAAGCUAAUCAGCGAUUAUUUUGACAGUUAAUUAGAAAAAAUGUUGUCGGUUAGGCCAUAGUAAAAACAGCCCUAACAUGUUUUAUUUGUUAUCACAAAUAUUAUUUUUUAAAUCAGUUAAAAAUUAUUUUAGAGAACUUAAGUUUUCACAAAAUCCAAUAUAAGUAUUUUGUAGAUAUGGUAAAAUGUUCAAAACAUUCAAGCUAUUUUUAGGCUAUUUAUAGUUAUUUGAUAUUUUUAUAUAUUUUUUUAUUUGGUAUGUAUCUGUUAAUAAAAUUAUAUGACUUAAGAGAAAUGCUUUAAAAUUUAAUACAAGGUACAUUGUGUUAUAUUUAGUGGUCGAAAAAUCAAAUUUGAGUUUAAUGCAUUAGUUUUUUCCAUAAGCAUGUUUUAAGAUCAAAUUUUGAUGAAAAUUAUAAAAAUUACGGCAUUUCAAAAUAUGUCUUACCGAACUGCUCCAAAUUGUUUUUUUGUUUCAAUUUUUUAUUGUUCAUACAGAUAUAAAUUAAAUCAUUUUUUUGUAUUCUACUUUUCCAACUUCCCACUUACAACAAUGGCUGCACCUCUCCCCAGUAGCAGUUCUUUUUUUCAAUUUAUUUCAAAAUCUGUUGCAUUUAUCAUAAAAAUGUAUUGAAUACUGAUUAUUAAACAGACAAAUGUUACAAACAUACACAAUUUUUGUAAAUAUAUUAUAUUUCAAGAAAAUUAUAAUUUAUUUGGUUAAAUUGACUUUAUAUCUAAUAUAAUAUGUUUAAUUGUUACAAUUAAAUUUAUGUUGUGGUAAAUAAUACCUAAAUUUGUUUGGUUCAAAAUUUGUCUAUGUAGUUUAAUUUUAUAUUUUAUUAUAUCUUCCAACAGCAAAUAUAUUAAAAUAACUAUAAAAAAAAAAGUCAAUUUGGCCAAAUAAAUGAAAAAUUAAUAAUUUAUCAAUUUUCUUGAAAUGUAAUGUACUUAAAAAAAACUGUAAAAUCUUUAUUUAUAGAUAUUUAUAUGUUUGAUAAUAAAUAUUCAAGAGUCAAUACACAAUAUUGUGAUAUGCAAUAGAUUUUUAAAUAAAUGAAAAAUUAAGAAAACUACCCCUUUGAUAGCUUUUUAAGCCUCUUGUAACAAACUCUUCUUAUCAUGGUUUAAUUUAAGUCACAUUUAUUUCUUUUAUCAAGUAUCAAAAUGGAGGAAAAAAUUACAUGUUUUAUUUUUUUAUCUAUAAGGACCACUUACAGCUCUCCCCAUACAGAAAUCAUGUAAAUUAUGUAUUAGGUAUUCAAUAAAUCUUACAUUAUUAUUUAUACUGAAAUCAAUACUAAAAUUUUUUUUUUUUCUAAAAUACCUUCCAAAAUUUGAAUUAGAAGUUUUCUUACAUUUCAUUUCAGAGAUAAACUCUUCUUUCUUUAGAUCUAAUUUUAAAUUUCCCUUAUUUUCCAGCAAUAUAAAUAUAAUACAUAUUAAAAUUAAUUUAAGUUUAUAUAAAGUGUCCAGCAAUAUUAAUAUAAUACAUAUUAAAAUUAAUUUAAGUUUAAUAUGGCUUUUUUUUUUAUUUUCAAAUAAUGAUUUAAUGUUCCACUCUGGUGACAGAAUUCUACUGUUCACAAGUGUUUUUUUAUUUGUACUUUAAACUACGACUAUUUAUAAUACGUAAAUUAUUUAAUUUAUUUAUAGAUUAUUUUGUUUUUAAUUUGGAUAGAGGAGGCAAUAUUGGCCUAUUUAUGAUUGAUUAUAUUUCAGUAUAGGUCAAUUUUCAUGAUCGCAAAAAUCAUAUUAAUGACCUAUUUGUAUCUCUUAUGUAUAAGAGAUACAGUAGGUAUAACUGUAGGAUAUGUUUGUCUAUUAAAAGAUUCAUCUUAAAUUAUCAAAGUUACAUAGUUGUUUUUGUGAUUUUAAUACUUAAGAAGCUAUUUUAUGCAGUUCCUACUUUAUUUAAAAUAUUGACUAUUGUAUACUUAUGGAUUAUGAUUAGUAU